UGAAGGAAAACAAGGUAGCCAAGUUUGGUGUCAUGGAGAGCGCACAGUCGACAACUGCUCUGCUAUCCUGCAGUGGCAGUGCCUCAGGCAUGGCGGAGGACCUCCAGCUUCCUUCCGACCUGCUCGACGACGGAUUCUUCCACGACUUCUUUGUGGAGCGCGGUGUGAGUGUUCCUGCUGGGAGCAAAGGCGACAAAGGCGGCGACUUGGCCGGCCUCGUGAGGCGGAAGGGGAUGGCUCGCCCUUUCCUACAUGACGACGGCGAGGCGUGGAAUCUGCACGCUGAGCCCGCCGGAUGGGGCGCGGAGCACCGACGGCGGAGCAAGCAGGAGCGUGGACUUCUGAACCGACCUCCGGGGCACCCCCUCGGUCCCUUGCUGGCUUUGCAUCAGCUGCAGGCGGCUCGAAUCCUUCACCUGAAGCAGCAGCAAUUACUGCAGCAGCAACUGCACGGCGCGUGGGAGGAAACACAAAGCCAAGCGAAAAGAGGCCUGCCUUUUUCCCGUCGGACUUCUUUUCCACUCCACCACCAACCCCACCCUGAAUCCGGCACGAGAGCACUCUUCCUUUGCCACUCCGGCGCGAGGAAAGAAUCCGCAGGCACCGGAGUCUUCCUCCCACGGACGACCGGCAACAAACCUGAGCAGCAAAAUCAGUCAGAUCCAUUUAUGAGAAGAGCAAACCCUGUGAGGAGCCAAAGGCAUGGCCAGCCUGCAGCCACUGCGACCUGCCUUCCUGAGGAGUGGACCUAUUGACCAACUUCACCAACUCUCUUACUAGUUGUGUGCAUUUGGAAUUAAUCGGAGUCGAACAGGUA